CCGGGUCGGCCGCAGUCGCUCGACGCCCUCAACCGGCUCGCCACCGCAGCGCCCGCUGCCCUCCUCCCUGAGCAGCGCCAGCUGCCUCUUCCCUGAGCAGCGCCAGCUGCCCUCUUCCCUGCACAGGGAAAGCGACUGUGACGUCAGCAUGUGGCUGAUUGGGAGGCUCGUGCAAGUGGUGGUGGUGCUCGGGCUACUGAAUGGAGGGGCCCUCGGCUGGGGCGGGCUCUUUAACCGCUUCAGCCCGGAGAUGCUGAGCAACCUGGGCUACGGCGGGCACGGCUACGGCGCCUACCGCUCCUCGCAGCCUUUACUGCAGAGGUUUCACAAUCCGGUGGAGGUCUUCCAGGAGCUACAGGAAGAUGAGGAGCCCUGCUACGGGAAAAAAUGCACUUCCAACGAACAUUGCUGCCCGGGAACAGUCUGCGUGGACGUAGAUGGAAUUGUAGGGUCCUGCCUAUUCGCGUACGGGCUGAAACAGGGGGAGCUGUGCCGCCGAGACAGCGACUGCGAGACGGGUUUAUUGUGUGCAGACUCCGCAGAUGGGCGCACUUGCCAGCCACCUCUCACCAACAGGAAGCAGUACAGUGAGGACUGUACUAUGAGCAGUGAAUGUGACAUCAAUAAAGGUCUGUGCUGCCAACUGCAGAGACGUCACCGCCAGGCCCCUCGCAAGGUUUGUUCGUACUUCAAAGAUCCCCUCAUCUGCAUUGGUCCUGUUGCUGCCGACCAAGUGAAGGAAGACAUAGAGCACACUGCAGGGGAGAAACGUAUUACUGGGAAAGUGGCUUCAUAUAAUCAUAUUCGUCGCAAAUAAUUGGAAGACACGUGAUUACUUAAGGCCUAUAUAAAUCAUCUUGUGAUUAUGGCGUACACAAACAAAGAAAAUAUUCAAAAAUUCUCUGGAUUUUGAAAAGCAUUACAUAGAAUGAAUGAGUGUCCUUGCGGUAGUUAAUCUCUGAAACUCCCCAUGUUCAUUGUAAACGUUCACAGGCUUAGAGUUUCAUUUUGCAUUGUUAUUAUGAGAGGAUUUUGAUAAAAUUGUUGUAGUAAAUAACAAGUUAAAUAAAUUUCGCGGUAGUCUGUUUUCCUUAUCUCUGUAUCCUUAAGUGCAGUGGAUUUAUUCAAUAAAGAAGUCACUGAAAUGUUUUGAUAAGGAGAACAGUAUUAUACUGCUGCAUUGUCAUAGUACCUUUAAAACUUUUUAGGAAUGAAGUUCUAUGAACGAAAAGCAUAUUAUAUUUCUACGAAAUUACAAAGCAAGAAUUCAUACUGAACAGAUAAAACUUGUUUUUAAAUAUUUGAUGAGAUAUUAAGCAUAGCAUGAUUGUGAAUCCCAUUUCAUUCACAACAUGGUGCAAGUGUAUGAGACAUUGCUCUGAUGAAAUUCACAUUCAGCGUUAAAGUAAAAGAUGGGCAUUCGAAGCAACCUAUGAAGCAUUAUAAUAUGUGGCUAAAAAUUCCUGGAAAGUUACUUUGACAAAUCCUCUCAUAACUUAUAAAAUUAUGAGCUUCAUUUAACACAAAAAUGCUCUAAUGACUGCUGCAUAUAUAUAUUACCAAGUCUGUCCUAUACUCCCAGAAAUCCCUGAAAAUUUAUGUAUCUAUGUUGAUGUUCCUGUAUGAAUAAAAUAUAUAAUAAAUCGAUGUUUAUAUUUAAUGUUGAGAAUAAUAUAGACAACUGCUGACAUAAUGACAAAAAAGUGAAGUUACAGAUGUGUAAGAGAUUACAAAUACCACUGACAAAAACUACAGCAUAAUAUCACAAGGUUAUCUCUUAAAAGUAUAGAACAUCCUCAUCGAUAGUGUUCACUGUUCCUCUCGUCUAUGGCCUGAUUAUAAGCUGUUGUGAUAUUUGAGAAAUAUGACUUUAUUGCAACAUGUUUCCACACAGUUGUCUUCCUUAAUUUCAUUUACAGUAAACUAAUUGCAUCAGUGAAGAUAUUAUAUGACUACAUAUUUUAAUUCAAUUAUACUUUAAAAUAUUACAAGAAAUUUACAUGACUUAAUAUCUCUAAAACACUAACAAAAACAUCCAUUGCGAUACAUAUCAAAUAAAGAAAAGUAUUUUUAAAUAUAAUUUAAUACUGAAAUUUACAUUUCAUAAGAUCUAUUAAAGUUUAGUGUGAAUUAUAUUUAUAUGAGGUGAUGCAAAAUGCAACAUACUUUCCACAAACACAUAUCAAGGCAAAUGCACGAAUCAAUAUAUUUUAACAUAUGUCAUUAUAUACUGUUUAUACAUUUGAGUGAAUUAAAGUAUAAACAUAUGUACCAUCCAAAAGACACUUUUUUAACAUAAAUCAUAAUUAAUUUUAAAAGACAGCUUCAUGGCAUGAGAUGUACAAUUGUUAUUUUUUCUCAGAGUAUAGUCUUGACAAGAAUGAAAUUUAAGGAAUAUUCCUUUGAAACCUGUCAUAUGUAUUUUUUGUCAUCAGUCUAAUGUAUGAAAAGUCUGUAUUUUAUUUUUCAUAUUCUGUGAAAAUCUUUUCUAUAUUACAACAUAGAUUGUAACUUAUUUUGACUAAGAGGGAAGAUCAUCAUUCAGAUUUAAUGUAUGUUAAACUGUACCAUUAAAUAUAUAACUUGAAGUAAA